AUAGAGUGGGAGGGUCUCGCUGGCCACUCUUGUAUGUACUGUAUUACAGUUAAAAAAAAACAAACUCAUUCAAUCCGUCAUCCAAGUCAGCAGCACUGAUACUGCUGCCUCAUUUGGAUGUUUUCACAGCAACCUGGCCGCUCCUCGGGGGAUAGAAGAGAAGCUGUGAUUGAACGUAACCCAUCCCAACUCCAAUCUUCUGACAUGAUCCCGCACUGGUGAGCACUCCCACCUGUGUCUUCCUCUCAAAUUCCCUCAUCUCUGCAUCCCGAGCCUAAGCAUGGCGUGCGCCACCCUGAAGGAACUUUUGGCGAGCCUGUCCCGGAGGAAGCCCUUGGAGCCAGAAGGGGAGCAGUCCACCUUUAAACGAUGCCUGACCACUCUGGACCUGGUGGCCCUCGGCGUGGGCAGCACCCUGGGGGCCGGCGUCUAUGUCCUCUCUGGAGAAGUGGCCAGAGACACAGCUGGGCCCAGCAUUAUCAUCUCGUUCUUCAUCGCUGCCCUGGCAUCCAUAUUUGCCGGACUUUGCUAUGCAGAGUUUGGGUCUAGAGUUCCUAAGACGGGCUCGGCGUACUUGUACAGCUAUGUGACAGUUGGGGAGCUGCUGGCUUUUAUCACCGGGUGGAAUUUGCUUCUCUCCUAUGUCAUAGGGACCUCCAGCGUUGCACUAGCUUGGAGUGGGACGUUUGAUGACCUCAUUGGGGGUGUCAUGUCCAAAUACUUCCAAGAAAAUGCAGCAAUGGGCCUUCCGGGGCUGGCCCCCUACCCAGAUGUCUUUGCUGCGUCUCUCAUUAUGCUCCUAUCUGGGGUGCUCGCCUUUGGGGUGAAAGAGUCAACCACAAUCAACAAAAUCUUCACUGGAGUCAACAUCCUGGUGCUGGUCUUUGUGGCCAUCUCCGGCUUCAUCAAGGGAGACAUCUCCAACUGGAAAAUCAGUGAAGACAUGGUGCUUAACGCCACGGCAGAGCUCAAUAACCUGAGCACCACCGCCAAUCUGACAAGCGUGUAUGGUGUCGGUGGAUUUUUUCCCUACGGCAUCAGUGGAACCCUGGCUGGUGCAGCGACAUGCUUCUAUGCCUUUGUGGGCUUUGACUGCAUCGCAACGACGGGUGAGGAGGUGAAGAACCCUCAAAAGUCUGUUCCGGUGGGGAUUGUGGCCUCUUUACUCAUCUGUUUCCUGGCCUACUUUGCUGUUUCGGCCGCGCUCACCCUGAUGAUGCCUUACUACAUGCUCAGCCAAAAAAGCCCGCUGCCCGUCGCUUUUGAUUAUAUCGGCUGGGGUCCUGCCAAAUAUGUGGUGGCAGUGGGGUCGCUGUGUGCUCUGUCCACCAGCCUGUUGGGUUCCAUGUUCCCGAUGCCCAGGGUGAUGUUUGCCAUGGCAAGAGACGGCCUGCUCUUCCAACCCCUGACCAAAGUCACUUCCAGAGGCAGUCCUGCAGUGGCUACCAUAUCAUCUGGGACUGUAGCAGCCAUCAUGGCGCUGCUGUUCGACCUGGACGCCUUGGUGGAGAUGAUGUCCAUCGGCACUUUGUUUGCCUACACACUCGUGGCCAUUUGCAUCCUAAUACUGAGGUACCAGGUGGAUUCAUCCCAAGACAGAGAACUGCAAAUCAUUGAGAGGAACACCAAAUUUGGCUUCCUGAAGCCUCCGUCAUCUCCAAACUCAGUCACCUCCAAAACAGUCACUAUUCUGAUUUUAGUCUCCGUCGCAUGCGUGGCUUCGCUGUGCAUCACCCUCAGCCUGGGGAUCGAUGCGUUAUCCGCUAUGGAAGCAUGGAGCAUCACACUCGUCUGCAUCUUCUCCAUCAUCCUGCUACUUAGCAUGUUCCUCAUCUGGAGGCACCCACAGAACGCUACCAAGGCAUCCUUCAUGGUGCCCUUACUCCCUGCACUGCCCAUAGUGAGCACACUUAUAAACGUCUACCUCAUGUUCCAGUUAGAAGGCGCCACGUGGGUACGCUACGCCAUCUGGAUGGCAGUCGGCUUGGUCAUCUAUUUUGGCUACGGGCUGCAUUACAGUGUUCAGAGGCGGCGGCUCAAAUCCAACCUGCCAGCCAUUGAAAGCGUCAGUGAAAAAACAGACAAGAGCAUCUUUAAAGAAGACAAAUUCUAAGCUGGUGUGGGCGGAGAUGAAAAGAGAUGUUACAGUGAGUCACUGUUUAGUAAUUGUGUGUAACUACACGCGCCGCUGCUGGUCCGACAGUGUUAAGCAUCAGUACUUUAUCACAUGUUCCUGCAGUUCAAAUGACCGGGCACAUUCAAUUUGAUGUUUUUGUCACUGUCAUCAUAUUGUGAUCAUAUUUACAUGUGUUGCCUUUUGAUUGCAAGGUAGUUCCUAUACCUGUGUGCUUUUUAAACUGUAUAAAAUGUAUGGCGUAAAAACAAUUGUUUCUAAUACUAUUUGUACUUUUGGAUGUGUAUUUAAAUGAUCUUACAUUGUGAUUUGGCAAUAUGGAAUGUAAUCAUCUUGUUUUUGUUUUGCUGUUGACAUUGGAAAUAUUGUCUCUUGUAUGAAAGUGUAAAUAUGAAGAGUGUACAUG